AUGAGCCACGUGAAGGCCAGCAAGCGGAGGGCAUCUAAAAAGUCCACAAGCCCCUUUGCCAACCCGGUGGCUGCGGUUGCCAAUGUCGUCGUCGGUAGACCUUUGGAUGAAGCCUUGGAAUGCAGGCCGCGCCCCCGGAGCCAGAGUAUCUCCUAUGGUGCGAGCGACAAGGAGGUUCCGUCCGGUCGCCGGAGAGCCACCACCAGGUCCACAGAACCCGCAUCGACUGAACGGGCUCCCGAUGUCUUUCAAUUUCUAGACAAGGAGGAAUCCGAAGCUGGUGUGAAAGCAAAGAGGGCUGCUGACCGGCAUUACAUAGAGCAAACAACCAGUUCGCGGCCAGUCCUGCAGGAUCACUCGCGCAAAGCUAGUGCGGCUUACAGCUUUCGUUCAGACUCUGGUGUAUCAGUCAGAGACUGUAGCCCAGGUCGCGCCUCGUCUACUGCAUCAGGAGACGAAUAUCAACCACCCACUCCGCCAGAUAUCCCCCUCGACAGCAUGGGAUGGGGCAUAACCAAGGCUUUGAAGCCAAAGCGUCCGGGCCCGAUGGCUGGAGCUUACGCGACGGACACGGAAUCCAUUCUUGAGAAUCCAGGAACCUCUGCUCAUCCAUUCAUGGAUCUCCCAACGCCCGAAUCAUUCUACUACAGCAGACAUGCUCCAACAAAAUCGACCUCGCCAAAAAAGACCAAGCCGGAACGUCCAAGCAUCGAUAUUUCCAAAGCGGCGAAGUGUAGCCGCCGCCAGUCUCAGUCGGCAUCGUCUCCUAAAUCGCCUAUACCCGAGAAUCCUACUCCUGAAUCGCGUCCGCGAAUCUAUCGAAAGUUCGACGCUCUGAAUCACCGCCUCCUGAAACACAUGCAGGAGGAGAUCAUUCAGCUUGAAGAAGACCUUAGCACGCUGGACGAGUUAGAAGCAGCGCAUCAAGCCUCGCCCAAUACCCGAAAUUCUCCCAGACAGAAGAUGUUAGCUGCCAAGUACCAUGACCUUCAGAUCCAGGAUUACUCGGUUCUUCACUACAAGAGAACCGAUCUAUUAGAAAAAAUCGCCAUGAAAACCGAGCAAUAUAAUCGAGCCCUCUGCUCCUUCAACAAAGUCGUGCAAACCCUCCCCUCACCUUCCGAAGACGACAUCGAAUCCUAUCGCAGCUCACUCACCACCUCCCCCAGCCCCAUCAAAGGCGACCGACGCAUCCUCGACCACAAAUCCGACCUCGUCCUCGUCGCUCCCUCCCAUCUGCCGACCACCAACCCGGGAAACCACCCGAUGCACCACGCAAACCCAAUCUAUACCACCAUCGCCGCUAUAUGCGCGGCUAUAUUAUUCCCGUUGCUCGCGUUUGGCGCCAUUAGCGAAUUCUUCGGACGAAUCGUCAUCGUCGCGAUUAUUGGCGGCAUGAUUGCGCUAUGGGCGUCGAAUAGCCCGGGCGGACAUGAGUAUCUGAUCGAGCCGCAGGAUGGAUGGAAGUGUGCGGUGCUGUAA